GGACUCUGUUGAUCAACAACAAGAUGCUCAUCUUUCUGUAGAUAAAUAACUUUCAACAUGGCAGGGGCUAUGCCCCAGUUGGCAUCAACAAAAAUAGGUCAAGCCAUCAAAAAUGGAGACUUCAGAGAACUAAAGCGUCUCAUUGACAGUGGGGAAAAUGUUCACCUCAAGGACAGGAAAGGUAACACAUACCUGCAUUAUGUUUGCACCAUGUAUAGACCAGUUGUGUUUCACAUAAUAGCUGCCCAAGGAAUUGAUAUCAACAGCCAAAAUAAGUUUGGCUACACACCUCUCCACGUUACAGCGCUACAGAAGGAUGGGCUACACAUUGCUGAUGUCAUGUGUUGUGGGGCAGACCCUGACAUCAAAUGUUAUCUUGGAAAGACAGCUGCAGAGCUUGAUCCCCACAACAAAUAUUGGCAAAUGGUGUAUGAAAAAUAUAAGCCAGGAAUAUUCCAUGCUGUUAAAGCACAUGAUGUGGAGAAAGUCAAAGAACUCUUACAUUGCUGGUGUAAAAUGGAUUCUAAAUAUAAUGGACUAACCCUGAGACAGUACUCGGCAGCUCACAAGCAUCACGACAUUGUUAGGAUCCUGGACCAACACAAGGCUACCCUGGAUGUGAUCUAUGGGUGUUUGGAAUUGAAUUAUGACCGAGUCAGAGCAGCUUUGAAGAAGUCCUGGUGCAGAAUUAACUUUCUUAAUAAGGCCUCCAGAAAGCAGCACAUUCUACAGUUUGCUAUAGAAAUGAGGGACAACACCUUAGUCAAAAUGCUCUGUGAUGCUGGGGCAGAUGUUAACAUGCUGGUUCUCGUCCAUGAUUACUUUGUGGGUCCCCUGUACUUUGAAGUGAUCAACACCUCGACACCGCCAGACAUCAUGUGGACCGUACUGAAAGCUAAUGUCAACUUUAAUAUUAAAGAUGAGAGAGGAAGAAAUGCUAUGACCUAUGCUUUAGACAAGGGGAAUGGGUUCUUGCCAACAGAAGUGUUCAAGUUUAUGCUAAGGAAUGGAGCCUAUCUGGGAGACAGGGAUGAUACAGGGGUAGGGGUCCGUGAGAUUGCCAAGUUUGCUAGGAGAAUGGAUGUAGGCACAUUGAUAGACAAGUACUACAUCCAAGUGAUUAGGAAUUCAGACCUUGAUAUGCUGAGGAGGCUAGCUGUGGAUGGCUAUGGAGGACUUCUUAUAAACUUCAAUUAUAGAGACUCAUACAUCUAUGCUGCUGGGAAUGACACUGAUGAUGUUUUAAAAUUUAUAGAAUGGCUGCCAACAUUUCAGGAACAAGUGAGAUUGCUCCAUCUGGCCAUUAGAGAGGAACCAUUAAGUGAAUUCUCCUCUAUUCUCCAAAGCUGUAGUGAACCAGAAUUGUUAAUCAACUCUAAAGACAAGGGAUUGAGGAGUCCACUGAUUCUAGCUACAUUAUUUGCCCGAGAUGAUGUGGUGAAUUUUAUACUUAAACAGCCUUACAAGAUCGAUAUCAAUGCCCAGGACUGUUGCAAGAGAACAGCGUAUCAUUAUACAUAUUUUCUGGAUCUGGAUGGAGAAAGCAUUCGUAAAUCUCUGAUUGAGGCUGGGAUAGACCAGACUCUAUUGGAUGUGAAAGGCAAAAGAGGAGAAGACUAUGCAGAAUUUGCAGAUAAAGAGGAAUGGAUUGAUCAAGAAAUCACUGCUAAAUAUGGAAUGGAAUUAGAACUUAUGUGUAUUGAAAAGUAUGAAGACCUGAGAAAAGUCAUUCGAUCCAAAAAACAGGGAUUGAAGGAGUUCAUUGAACAGCUAAGAGAUUUCCCGGUCCCUGUGGCUACCUUCCCAAAGAUAUUGGGCCCCCUGAUGUCGGAUUACAGAGACAUCAUAUUUUUAGCAGUGGAUUAUGGGAAAGAAGAUAUUGCAGUUCGAUUGGCUCAUCUAGGAGCUGACUUAUUCAGGAAAGAAUUGUACAUAAGAAAAAGCAGGGAUGGAGAAGAAGUGAUGGUUGCCAUGGAUGUUGUGGAAAGGGCUGCAACGCUCAAAAUGGUAGAUUUGGUCAAUGUUCUUGCCAAGAAGCAGGUACGUCAGAGGGAAAUCCAUACACCAUUGGUUCCAAGACGUGCUCAAGUCAAAUUACAGCUGGAAUUGUCAAUGAAGUCUGUGGACUUUGAAAAGAUAUUUGUGUCUCAAACACCAUUGUGUUUUUAUUGAGUUCAUCAUUUCAUUGAUGCCUUAUUUAAUAUUUCAUCAUCUCAAUACAUUGCAUUUCAAGGUUGGAAUAAUUAAGAGAUGUAAGACUCACUAAUGUUAGUAUUUUAGAUGUAUGAGCUUUUUAUUUUUGGUUCAUGGGAAGUAUGUUUAUGUAUGCAUGUACUUUAUAUGUAACAUUUUUAUGUACGGUAUUGUUAAACUGUGAUAUUUUUGACACAGA